CCCCGCCGCGGUGCAUGACGGGUAAAAGAGCCUCCGCCGGGAACCCGCCAUUUUCUGCCGGGAAAGGCGGGAAGGGAGGGAGAGCACCGACAAACCGUCGCUGAGGGACCCACAACGGCUUCAGUGUCGCCGCCAGCCGGGCAAGCAGGCUCUGACAGUCCGGCAUGGCCCGCACCAAGCAGACGGCUCGAAAAUCCACCGGCGGGAAGGCACCGCGGAAGCAGCUGGCCACCAAGGCCGCCAGGAAGAGCGCGCCUUCCACGGGGGGCGUGAAGAAGCCCCAUCGCUACAGGCCCGGUACGGUGGCCCUACGGGAGAUCCGGCGAUACCAGAAAUCCACGGAGCUCUUGAUCCGUAAGCUGCCUUUCCAACGCUUGGUGAGGGAGAUCGCGCAAGACUUCAAAACCGACCUGCGUUUCCAGAGCGCUGCCAUCGGGGCUCUGCAGGAAGCCAGCGAAGCGUACCUCGUGGGCCUCUUCGAGGACACCAACCUCUGCGCCAUCCACGCCAAGAGGGUCACCAUCAUGCCCAAGGACAUCCAGCUGGCUCGUCGCAUCCGUGGCGAGAGGGCUUAGGGCGGCCGGCGUCGGGCGGUAGGAGAGACUCGGGGUGGGAUGUGGGGGGGAUGUUUUUCUUUUUUUUUUGGGGGGGGGUGGGGGGGGUGGGAUGUUUCUCCUGCUCCCAGCGGCUGGGACACGUCGCGAGAGCUGACUCCGUUCACGACGUACAGGCAAAACAAACACACGACUUCCGAGGGGUUUAUGAGACUUUUUUGGAUUUAUUUCCCCUCCCUCCCCUUUUUAUACACUUUUAUUUUAUUUUUUUCCUCUCCGAGUUGCAAAAAAUAUAUAGAAGUAGGGGUGGGGACAGUUUUUUGAAAUCCCUGGUUUUCUACACAAACCUGGUGUAUUUUUGGGUGCGGAAACAGGAGUUUUGGGGCUUCAGCUUUUCGAAGCCCCCGGGUGGGAACGGCUCCGAUUCCUGCUCCUUUCCCCCGCGCCGGCAGCGAGGGGGGGCUGCGUUCUCCCCGGCCUCGAUUCCCCUUGGUGCGUUCGAGCUUUGUACCGUCCGCGUUUCUCUUCCCCGCCCCGCGGUGGCAACGGAAUAAAGAAAACCCAUCGAUGUUCA